AUCGGCGUUUGGUUUGUUUUGACCGAAUACUAAUACUGCACUGCUUCUCUCUCAAAAGACGAACGUUGGAAGUGAAUUUUGAAUCCCUGAAAAUCUCGAUCAUCCUCUUCAUUAACAGUUUUUACUGAAUCCUGUGCAUUCCAACCCAAGCUCAAGUCACUCAUCAUGUCGAUUGGAGUGCCCAUCAAAGUAUUACAUGAGGCCGAAGGGCACAUUGUGACGUGCGAAACCAUCAACGGUGAGGUAUAUCGAGGACGCUUGGUCGAGGCCGAGGACAACAUGAACUGCCAGAUGACCACGGUCACGGUGACGUAUCGCGACGGACGAGUGGCCAAUCUCGAGAACAUCUAUAUCCGAGGAUCCAAAGUCAGAUUCCUGAUACUGCCCGACAUGUUAAAGAAUGCGCCCAUGUUUAAAAACAUGGGCCGCGGAGGAAGAGGUGCAGGCAACACGGGUUCGGCCGGCCGAGGCAAGUCUGCCAUAUUACGAGCGCAAGCCGCGGCGAGUCGAGGGCGGGGCCGAGGUUUUGGCGGACCGCCGGGUCGAGGCGGACGCGGAGGCGGCAAUUGGGCCCCUCGAGGACGAUGAGCCCGGAUUAAGACGGGCGUGGAAGAAUUAUGCAGGAAUGAAUGGCGAUUGUACAAGUGCUUUUGGUUCAAAACAACCCAAUGUAAAUAACAUGUCCGUUAUCGUAGA